AUGGUGUUUGUGUUUGAUGAUGACCGGCAAAGUCCUUGGAGUCUGGUGUUUGCGUUUGAUGAUGACCGGCAAAUUAGGGUGAAGAAGUCGGCAAAUGAAAAUUUUGAACCAAUCGGAAAAGAAAAGGUAGGUAAAGACUUAAGAGUGGAAGAGACGGGUUCCAAUCCUAGGGCUUUUCAGUUUGACGAUGGGAUUGGGAUGGGAGUUCCUGCAGCUCAAGAAUCAAAGAGAUUUAGGAAUGCUGUUAGGGAUGUGAUGGGAAGGCUUUCUGUGAAUGAUUUUGUGUCUCAAAUGGAACCAUUUCUUCGAUCUGUGGUGCGAGAUGAGGUGGAACGAACAGUUCAAAGAAUUCUUCAAUCAUCCUCGAGACCCUCGUUUAAUCAGAUGACGGCAUCUGGAAAAAGAGGCUUGAUUUUGCACUUUGUUAACAAAUUGCCUUCCACCAUCUUCACUGGUGGCAGGAUAGAAGCAGAGGAUGGCAACCCAAUCAGAGUUGUGUUGAUGGAUGCUAAUACGAAGUCCAUCGUAACGUCUGGUCCUCUAGCUUCAAUGAAAAUUGAGAUAGUUCCCCUUGAUGCUGAUUUUGGUUCUGAUGAUCAAGAAGAUUGGAGUGGGGGUGAAUUUGCAGCCAACGUGAUCCGUGAAAGAGAAGGUCGAAGGCCGUUGGUGACUGGAGAUCACACUAUUACACUGCGAAAUGGUGUUGGUCAACUAGGUGAUAUAGUUUUCACAGAUAAUAGUAGUUGGCAGAGGAGUAGAAAGUUCAGGUUGGGUGCUAGACCCGUGCAAAAGGUUUCUGAUGAAAUGAGGAUUAGGGAAGGAAGAAGUGAAGCUUUCGUGGUUAAGGAUCACCGUGGAGAGUUGUAUAAGAAACAUCACCCUCCACACUUGUGUGAUGAAAUAUGGCGAUUGGAAAGGAUAGCAAAAGAUGGUGCUUUCCAUAAACGGUUGGCACUUCAUGGAGUUAACUCUGUGCAAGACUUCCUGCAAUUUUAUAUGAUCAAUCCAUCUACGCUGCGCAAUGUUCUUGGAUGCGGUAUCACAAACAAGAUAUGGGAUACAAUUAUAGAGCACGCUGUGACUUGUGUUGUAGAUCAUAGCAAGUUCUAUAGUUACUUAGAUGCUGGACAGAGCAUCAGCCUGCUCUUUGAUUCCGUCUACAAAGUCGUAGGAGCAAUGUUUGAUGGCCCAAAAUAUGAGCCUCUGCAUAAUCUUUCCCCUCCUCAAAAAGCCUUGGUGGAAAACGUUAAGCGGCAAGCUUAUAAGAAUGUUAACAACUUCAUCCAGGUGGAUGCUAGUGCUUUUUUUGGCCCCUCAAGGUCCUUGACAACCCUUCAAGCUGAGCCAUUUAAUGGUCCAAAUUUAGCUCUGCAACAACUCGAGUUCCCAGUGGCAUGCCAAGAUCAAUCAGCAAUGCAGAUGGAUUUCCACAAUUCAUCUAGCUCAGCAUCAUAUGGAUAUGAUGCAGAAAGUAGCAGUCCUUUAGAAGUUUCUGUGCCUCAGACUAGUCACCAAAUGGAAGCAUUCCCUCAAAUGUUUCGGAACAGCUUCAAAUUUACAGACUUUUUCCCCCUCCCCUACAAUGGCGAAAACGGCUGGUCUGCAAAUGGUUGGCCAGUUGGGACAAGCACUGAGGACGUGUCUAAUGUCCAAACAUCAACCUGGUCUCCUAGUAAUUCAGCAUGGGGGCCAGGCAAUGCUUUGAUCUUCACUUCAGGCAAUGAAAGGGAAGUAGGCAUUUUUCUUCUCAUCCAAGUUUCGGUGUACAUAUGUCCCGAAUUCGAGCACCAAAAGCACGGUGGUGCAAGCUUCGCGCUGCCCUCAAAAUGGGGUCAGUUAUGCGAGAUGUCGCAGCUAAGAGAAUGUGCCAACUGCCAAGGCCUCAUCAGCUUGCUCUUCGAUUCCAUCAACAAAGUCAUAGGAGCAAUGUUUGAUGGCCAAAAAUCUGAGCCUCUACAUAAUCUUUCCCCUCCCCAGAGAGCCUUGGUGGAAAACAUUAAGCGGCAAGCUUAUAAGAAUGUUAACUUCAUCCAGGUUGAUGCUAGUGCUCUUUUUGGCCUCUCAAGGUCAUUGACAGCCCCUCAAGCUGAGCCAUUUAAUGGUCCAAGUUUAGCUCUGCAGCAACUCGAAUUCCCAGUGGCACGCCAAGGAAAUUUGCGGAAACAAGCCAGAUCCGUAUCGAAAGUUAAGCAUGUUGUCCAUGAUAUUAUCAGGUGUCGGUGUUUUCUUAAGCUGCUGUGA